AUGAGGAGCUAUCUGGCGGAAGGCAUUUUAAUGAGGGCGCUGGAAGGCGCCAAGCUCCGGGCGCAGGCCGUGGGGCAGCGGCGCGGCGGGCCCUGCGCUGCCCGGGGAGCGGCCUGGAAGGCGCCCUCCGAGCAGGGCCCCGAGGGCCUUAGACCCGCCCGGAGCUCGGACCUGGGCUGGCCCGCGUCAGGGCUCGCGUUUAACCGAGACGCUGCUCUGCAGGCCGAGAAUGCCCGUAAUGCCAUUAACGGUAGUGGAAUGGAGCUAAUUUCAGCCGUCCAGGGGUCAACGGCCAUGUGGAGCAAUCUCACCCUGCGCGCACUUUGCAAGUGCUCCCCCUGCUCCCGCUCUUUGCUGCCUUCGAGAUUCCGAGCUUUCCAUCAUGCAUUCCGGAGAAAGUCCAGGUCCCUGUGCCAGGACGCGCCAGCAGCGCAGGUCCCGCAGCAUCGGUGCUGCCCCGCUGCGCAAGGGACGUGCAGGGUGCCCCCCCGGCGCUUAGUAAGUAAUAAAGCACAGCAUGGGCGCCAUGCAAAAACAUACCCCGUUUUACAUGGACGUAUCCCAACCGUGUAUCAACACGUGUUUGAAGAAAAUUUCAGGAACAGUAAGGCUGUUAUUCAAAGGUAUUCAGAAUUGCUGGAGAUGGUCAGUAAAGGAGGAGGAGAAAAUGCCAUCUUGCGCCAUACCCAGCGAAACAAGAAGCUGUUUGUUCGCGAACGCCUGAAAAUGCUUCUUGAUGAUGAGUCUUUCCUGGAGCUGUCUCCUCUUGCAGGCCUCAAUAUGCCAUAUGGUGAUGUCCCUGCUGCUGGAUGCCUCACUGGAAUUGGAAAAAUCUGUGGGAUCUGGUGUGUCUUCAUCGCAAAUGAUGCAACUGUAAAAGGAGGAACUAUUUAUCCAAUCGGAGUAAAGAAACAACUAAGAGCUCAGGAAAUAGCCAUGCAGAACAGACUUCUGUCUGUCUUCAGGGGGGUCGCACCCCUGCCAUUACAGUCCGAGCUGUUUCCUGACAAGUCCCACGGUGGCCGACUUUUCUACAAUGAAGCAAUAAUGGCUGCCAUGAAAAUCCCUCAGGUGGCAGUAGUGUGUGGCUCCUGUGUAGCUGGGGGUGCCUAUGUGCCAACCAUGGCAGAAGAAGCUGUGAUUAUAGAUAAAAUUGGUACCCUGUUCCUGGCUGGCCCGCCGCUGGUGAAAGCUGCUACAGGAGAAGAUGUCUCCCCUGAGGACUUAGGAGGAGCCAAGCUUCACUCUAAAGUUAGUGGCUGUAGUGACCAUUUUGCAUCUUCAGAAAAGGAAGCCUAUGAAUGCGUUCGAAAUAUUAUCUCAACAUUAAAUUAUGAGCCCCUGCCAGAGGAGAUCAUAGAGUACGAUAGUCCUCUGUACAGUUCUGAUGAGCUCUUGGGGCUGGCACCGCAGAGUUAUAACUAUACUCUUCCUGUGAAAUUGAUUCUGAGUCGUCUGAUGGAUGGAAGCAGAUUCCAGGAAUUCAAGGCUGAUUAUGGAACAACAUUAGUUACUGGGUUUGGCCAUGUAGAAGGGCACUUGGUGGGGAUAGUGGCUAGCAAUGGGGAGCUUUCUCAUGAUGCUGCCCUCAAGGGCAGCCAUUUCGUGCAGCUGUGCAGUCAGCGGGGGAUUCCCAUCCUCUUUUUCCAAAACACUGCCCCACAUGCAGCAGAGCCAACAAACAUUCCGCAGGCAGAAGCUCACACCAACAAAUUAAAAGCUCAGGCCUCCAUGAUGUCUGCUGUGGCUUGUGCUGCUGUCCCCAAAAUAACCAUUGUGAUUGGUGGAUGUUAUGGGAGUGAAAGUUAUGUUAUGUGUGGGAGAUCGUUCAGUCCAAACUUCUUGUUCUUGUGGCCUAAUGCAAGAGUGGCUCUUGUGGAUUCAAGACACUUCUUCACAAUGCCAAAAUCUGAAGAAAAUUACUAUGAAGGAGAUGGGUUGGAACUAAACCAUCUAAAAAAAAAGCUAGAGGAAGAAAGCAGUGCAUUUUACUCCUCUGCCAGGCUCUGGGAUGAUGGUGUAGUUCUACCUCAAAAUACUAGAAAGGUGGUUGCCCAGUGCCUAGACAUUAUAGAACAGCAGAAGUACCAGGUCAUAUCUCCAUCUCAGUAUCCUAUCCUCAGAAUGUAACUGCAGGCUGCCGUUUUCAAAUAAUGGGCCUUCAAAGA